AUGCUCUUGCCAACUUCUGUAUAUAUCAUAUGCCUCCUCUUCGGAGCCUGGGUCAUACAUGCGGCAUGGUCCUGGCACCGCCUCCGGCACAUCCCGGGGUCUAUCUGGAUCUCUCACUCCAAGCUCUGGCAGGUCAGGGCGCAGAUGAGCGGAAAGUGGUACCUUGAACUGAGGAAGGUUGGGAACCGAUACGGAGACCUCUUCCGCAUCGGCCCGAACCAGGUCAUGACCACCGACGUCGGCGCCAUCCGGCGCAUGGCGCACCCCAAGUCGAGGUACACGCGGUCACCCUUCUACCGGACCUUCCGGUUUAGCCCGGCGCAGGACCACACCUUCUCGCUGCUCGACGAGCGGGAGCAUCGGCGGCGGCGGACAGUGCUCGCGCCCGGGUAUGCCAGCGGCCCGCAUGUCGAGGCCUGCGUUGACCGGCAGUGUGCGGCACUCGUCGACCUGAUCGAGCGGCAGUUCAUCUCGACGCCGCGCGAGCACCGCCCGCUCGACCUCACCGCAACCUCGCUAUUCUUUGCCAUGGAUUGCGUCGGCGAUCUCGCCUACGGCCGCCCCUUUGGGUGCCUCGACCUCGGCCGCGAUGUCCACGGCUUCAUCCGCUGGAAUGAGGCCUUCUUCAACGUCGCCAUCGUUGUCGCCAACUUCCCCUGGCUCACGGCCCUGCUCUCCCGUCUCCCCUUCGGCGGGCUUUACCCUUCCGCCCUCGACGCUGACGGCGUCGGCAAGUUCAUAGGGCUCGCUCAAGAAGCGUUUGAGAAGAGUAUCCACAACGGUGUGGAUCGCAGGCGAGACGUCACCGCGUCUUUCAUCGAUCACGGCGCGACGAAAAGAGAGAUCAUCAACGAGCUGGUGUUGCAGAUUGUUGCGGGCACGGACUCAACCGCGGUCGGGAUCCGCAUGACGCUGUUCCUGCUCGUCUCGACGCCGGCCGCGUACCUACGGCUACGGGCCGAGAUCGACAGGGCGACACGCGCAGGGCUCCUUAGCUCUCCGGUCACGCACGCUGAGGCGCAGCGCCUACCGUACCUGCAGGCAGUGAUCCGCGAAGGCCUACGCGUGUUCCCUGUUGUCGCGGCGCCCUUCUACAAGUGUGUACCCUCCGGCGGCGACGUCAUCGCCGGUCACUUUGUCCCCGAGGCCACUGAGGUCGGCGUCGACAUCCUCGGCGUCAUGCGCCACCCCCGCUACUGGGGGCCCGACCCCGACGCCUUCCGCCCCGAGCGCUGGCUCGAGGCCCCGCCCGCUGCCACCGACGUCAUGGCCACCGCCCUCGAGACCCUUUGGGGCGCCGGUCGCUACAAGUGCCUCGGCCGCGCCAUCGUCCAGGUCGAGCUCAAUAAGGUGUUCGUGGAGCUUCUCCGGCGCUUUGACUUUGCUGUCGUAAACCCACAAGACCCCGUCAAGAUUGUGAAUUCCGGCUUUUUCCUCAUGUCAAAGCUGGAGAUGCGAGAUCAGAAUGAGGCCAUCAAAUAA